AUGUCUAAAAUAUGUAGAAUCACAAAUAAAACAUCAAAUAAUGGGUAUAAAGUUUCACAUUCUCAUGUAAAAACAAAAAGAAUACAAAAUGUAAAUUUGCAAAUAAAAAGAAUUUGGUCACAAAAACAAAAGAGGUGGAUCAAAAUAAAAAUAUCAACAAAAGCAAUUAAGUCUUUAUAUAAGUUAUCUUUAUCAAUCUAG